AUGAUGCUGUCCCCGAUGGUGGCUGGGGGGGUUGUGUUCCCGGGACUCUUCCUCCUUUCCAAGAACACGCUCCAGAGGCUGCCCCAGCUGCGCUGGGAGGAGGCCGACGCGGUCAUUGUCUCAGCCAGGCUAGUAUCCUCAGUCCAGGCUAUCAUGGCCUCCACAGCUGGCUACAUUGUCUCCACCUCCUGCAAACAUAUCAUUGAUGACCAACACUGGCUAUCCUCAGCUUACACUCAGUUUGCAGUGCCCUACUUCAUCUACGACAUCUAUGCCAUGUUCUUGUGUCAUUGGCACAAGCACCAGGUCAAAGGUCAUGAAAAGGAUGAGGGAGGGGCUGGCCCCCCAGGAGGCACUUGGGCUGUGGCCCGAGGUUACCUGCACAAGGAAUUCCUCAUGGUGCUGCACCAUGCAGUUAUGGUGCUGGUCUGCUUUCCACUAUCAGUGGUGUGGCGCCAAGGCAAGGGAGACUUCUUCCUGGGCUGCAUGUUGAUGGCUGAAGUCAGCACACCCUUUGUCUGCCUGGGCAAGAUCCUCAUCCAGUACAAGCAGCAGCACACCCUGUUGCACAAAGUGAAUGGUACCCUGAUGCUGCUGAGCUUCCUGUGCUGUCGAGUGCUGCUCUUUCCCUACCUGUACUGGGCCUACGGGCAGCACGCGGGCUUGCCGCUGCUCUCUGUGCCCCUCAAUAUCCCGGUUCACGUCAACCUGGGGGCUGCCCUGCUUCUGGCUCCGCAGCUCUACUGGUUCUUCCUCAUCUGCAGGGGGGCAUGCCGCCUCUUCAGGCCUCGGGGACCUGCCCCUCCAGCCCCCCGCCAGCCCCCGGGAUUGCACGAUGGGCCCCGGGACUGA